CGCCCGUGUAUUCUAAGCAUUUUAACAGCAAACUGGCGACGACCUGGCAGGUGUUAUUACGAUAAUAUUUCCGCAAGGGCGCACGGGUCCAACAUGCUUGGCCCGUGAGUUGAACUUUGCACAAAACGCAGUCCCACAGAAACCUUUUUGAGAAGAUGAUUGGCCCAGUGAUUAUUAGUUUGUCGAAGGUCAAUGAUGUUGACGGUUGAUAAUUGUAUUUGUUCAUGUACAUACAGUGGGCCGAGAUAAGCCAACUUUGUACAUGUAGGCCUACUCUGUUGAAGUGAAAAACAUACGUGCCUCAAAUUCGGGAGCAGCAGGUACAAUAAUUUCAGUACCCGCCAAACACUGAUACCUUAAAUGUAUACGCAGUGAGCCGUCUAUGGUCACUAAAUCAUGGAACUUACAACCGAAAUGAGGAGAAAAACGUCCCACGGCAGUGACAUCAGUCUGUCGUCGUCGCUAGUCCACCUGAGACGCAACAUCAGCCUCUUCAGUGGCAUCUGCAUCAACAUCGGUAUCAUUAUCGGCUCGGGUAUCUUCGUCUCCCCCAAAGGUGUCUUACAGGGAGCCGGGUCUCUGGGACUCACCCUUGUCAUCUGGAGCCUGUGCGGGGUCUUCUCCCUCCUGGGGGCCCUGUGCUUCGCCGAGUUGGGCACCACCUACCCAUCCUCGGGGGCGGUCUACGCCUACCUGAAGGCCAUCUACGGUGACCUGGUAGCCUUCCUGUACAUCUGGAUCAGCGUCUUGAUGGCCAUCCCCGCGUUUUUUGCCAUCGUGGCCCUGACGUUCGGUGACUACUGCCUGCAGCCGCUCUACCCAGACCCGGAAUGCCCGCCACCGCGUUUGGUCGUUCAGCUGUUCGGCACAGCUGCCAUGCUGCUACUGGCGAUUGUCAACAUCGUGAGCACUCGCCUAUCUACCCUGGUACAGAACCUGUUCACUAUCUGCAAAGUGUUUGCACUGGCUAUCAUCAUUAUCACCGGUGUUGUUCAACUGAUCAAAGGUCAGACACAAAACUUCGAGAACGCUUUUGAGGGAUCGACAUUCAGUGGUCUGGGAUUCGCUCUGUACGCUGGACUAUUCUCCUACACGGGCUGGGAAAGUUUAAAUUAUGUGUCCGAAGAAGUGAAGAACCCAAACAAAAACCUUCCGCGGGCGAUCUUCAUCAGCGUGACGACCGUCACGAUGCUGUAUGUGUUCACCAACGUGGCGUACUUCACAGCAAUGACGCCGGCGGAGCUUCUGGCCUCGAACACCGUUGCAGUGACAUUCGGGGAUAAGCUGUUGGGCCGAUUCGCGUUGGCCAUGCCGAUUUUUGUGGCACUCUCAACUUUUGGCUCUAUCAACGGGAACAUUAUCGUCUGCUCGAGGAUGCUGUUUGUUGGAGCACGAGAGAGACACUUUCCUUCAAUUUUGUCCAUGAUUCACAUCAAGUUUCUCUCGCCACUGCCGUCCAUCGUUGUCAUUAUAGCGCUGUCUGUUUGCUAUACGUUUUCCAACGACAUCUACACGUUGAUCAAUUUCUUCAGCUACGUGGCGUGGACAUCUAUCGGCGCCACCGUGGCCGGCAUGGUGUGGAAGCGGUGGCGGGAACCAGACCGACCUCGCCCUUACAAGGUUAACAUUGUCAUUCCAAUUCUCUUCGUGCUUGCCGCCAUCUUCCUGGUCGUCAUGGGAACCAUUGACUCUCCCAUAGACACGGCAAUUGGCGUUGGUAUCACCCUAACAGGGAUUCCCGCCUAUUUCCUGUUUAUCUAUCCGAAACGUCUGCCCAAGUGGUUGACCAGAUUUGAAGGGAGAGUCACGCAUAUUUUACAGAUGUUGCUACUGGUGGUGAAGGAGGAGACUAUACAAUGACCAAGGUGACGUCAACUCGAAUUAUAUCAUGUGUGCACAGCUGAGCCUGCGACAUUCAAAAGAGAGGCCGCCAUGUUUGUCAAGAUCUCCUAGGGCGCCCUCUGCCAGGACCUUUGAAACAUUUUGUUAAUGAAAAAAACCGCGCAAUUCACGCCACUCUAACGAAUUGUAAUUACACCAAAUUUGUAAUGGAUGAGAUCAUAUUUAUUCUUUCAAAGCAAAUAUUUGUGUACACUUCUCAGCCUUAUUGUUUGUAACAAAUACAACUGUUUUGCCUUUCCCUUAUUUCUUGUUUUAAACGGAAUGCUGAUGCUGAUGCCUCAAGAGCUGUAUGACUACGGGACAUUAAGUGUGACUGAAUUUAACUAAAAAUAUUCUUUUCUUAAAAAUACUGAUGAUUUACAAGACCGAAUAAAAAAAUGUAGAGUGUCUUCAACUCUCAACUGUUACAAUC